AUGGCGUCGAAAGCAUGUGGGCAAAUUGACGAUAAGCAGCGGAGAUAUAUAAGUAAAAUACCAAUUUUAAGUAAAAAGUACAAGGACAGUUUAAGAAAUGUAAAACAUAAGCGUCUAGAUAUCGAAAGAAGAGAAGCAGAAUUGAGUUUGAUGCGAAAAGAAUUGUUGGAAAUGUCAGAAUGAAGGCCAUCGCCAUCGGUAUAUUUAACAGUUGAUCAUGGAGAUGAUAAUGGUCGAUCUGUAAACAACAGAAUUAUUAAAACCUGCGCCAGCGAGUACCACAUUAAUACCGUCAAAAAGUGGUGUUGAACCACUUAGAAGCGUUAUUAUCACUCCAAAUGGAACGAAACGGAGAGGUAAGGCUAUUUAAAUUAAUUCAAUAUUUAUGUAUUGAAGAAUGUAAUUGUCAAUUGUGUAUAAAACAGUCAAAAUACAAGAAAUUUAAUCCACCUAUUCUGUUGUUAUUUUCUUUAAUUUGUUCUGUGUUGUUCUGUAUUGGUAUGGAAGUGGAAAGAUUCUUGUAUUUUGACUGUAAAUGUUUUUCUAGUUAAUCGGAUUCAUCGUAAGUUCAGUUUGGAUUUGGAGAAAAUUCUUCAGACCUGUGUGACAGUUGCAGAGGGAAAAGAGCUGAAAGUGUGUGAUCUGUUUGACAAGCUUGAGGAAGUCUCACCAGGGGUGAAGAGAAUCGAACGUGAGAAAGUCCUACGCACGUUUGGUAAAAUAUUUCAUAUUAAGCUCCAGCAUAAAGGACAACAACGAGA